GUUCAAUCUCGCUCCAUCUUCUCCCACUGCCGGCUACUGGGCUUCCUCUCCUUACCAUAUUUGGUGGUGAGUGGAACCUUCAACCGGAUGCUUCAUCUUUAUACAUCCGGUGAAACAUCUUGCUCUAUUUGUGACGUAACCAUCCAGUGACCGCGCUUAACCUACGCUCGUGAACUUUGAGAAACGUUAGCGUUAUUCUUGACCACUACAACAGCAGCUAUUUCUGAAAAAGAACUGUGCCUGUAUCACUCAGUGAGACCUGCUGACACCCCACCCCUCCCCCCAUGGCAUCAUCUGAGGUCAAUGUUAAUGUGGAGGAGGUGGUAGUCGUGACAACGCCGGAUGGAGCAGGGGAGGGCUCGGCUGCAGAGGUGGUGAAGACUGUGCUGGUGGCUACAGAGCUGACCCAGGCAGGGGAGGAACUUCCAGAUGGAAGCGUGGAGUCAGAAACCGACGCCACCAUCACUGUGACAAAGGAGGCAGUCCUAGUGAAGCUGUCAGAGGAGAUGGAUGUGGAAGCUGAUUUGGUGUACCCAAUCACUUGUGGGGACGUGAAGGGCACCCUGGUCUGGAAGAAGUUUGUUUGCCCUGGCAUCAACGUCAAAUGUGUCCAAGGUCAAUCUCUGUUCCAGUUCAAUGAGCAUCUCAUCAGUCCCAAGGAAUUUGUCUAUCUGGCUGGGAAAUCUACAUUGAAGGACUGGAAGAGAGCCAUUCGCGUGAACGGCACUAUGAUCAGGAAAAUCAUGGACUCAGGCGAGUUGGAUUUCUACCAGCACUCCAAGGUGUGCUCCAACACCUGCCGCAGUACUAAGAUUGACCUGGUGGGGACCAGAGUGUCACUCAGCAGCCAGCAGUCCACCGAAUAUGUUCCUGUCACUCCUUCCUUAUCUGACGUGAACGGAUCACCGGCCACGUUUCCAACAGAGGGAUCAUCAGACGACACCACGGAAUGGGUCACGGCCAUAGGAGAGGAUUCUGUGACCUUCUGGAGGGGUCUGAAGGAGGCUGGGUUGCUGGAGGAAGUGGUGGAGGACUUCCAGAAGGAGAUUCAAAAGGUGCUAAAGGGAAUGCAGGAGCGCAUCACUGAGCCUCCCCUGCAGGUCAACGAUGCUGUGCUGCUGAACAAUAUAGUGCAGAACUUCGGCAUGCUCGACUUGGUUAAGAAGGUGCUAGCCAGUCACAAGAGCCAGAUGGACCGACAUAGGGAGCAGUAUUCACGCAGUCUUGUCGCUCUGGAGCAACAGUGUGACGAGCACAGGAAACGUGCCAAGGAGUUAAAGAGCAAAUCCCAACACCUCAACAACGUCCUCAUGACCCUAACUCCCGUGGCCGUGCCGUCCACGCCCAAACGCCCACGCCUCACCCGCGCUGUCUCGGGCCCUGCCGUUAUGUCCAGUGCCCCCACCCAGAUCACUCUGCCCCUCACCCAGCUGGCAGGCCUGCCUGCUGGGUGCAAAGUGCUCUCGGUGGGGGGAGCCGGUGCCAGCCAGCAGACCUACACGGUGCUGACCUCCCCCACGGGCGAGCUGGGGCCAGAUGCCUCCAAUUUGACGGUACUCUCCACGGCCGCCGCCGUUCAGGAGGGCGCAUCCGCCACCUCAGCCUUCGUCAAGAUGGUCAGCCCAGGCUACCAGCUGAUCACGCUGCCUGCCGCGUUGAGCACCCAGCUACAGAGCCUGGCUGGGGGCACGGCCCAGGGCACCACUACCAUGGUGGCAGUGCCUAUGGGUAACAACGCACUGCAGAGCACGGCGGCAGAGGUCACAGCGUUGGGGAGACGGGUGGAAGUUCAUGUGCAGGAGGGUGUGGCACCAGAGACUGAGGAGCAGGAGGCGAAGGAGACGGUGGAGAGUUAGAGAGAUGUACUCCUCCUAUAGUGUUAAAAACACGUCAGGGACUUGAGGCCCUGUUUGUCCUCACUGGUUUGGAGGGCAAGUACUGGAACCAGUGCCUAGGUCUAGUGGUGUUGAACUAUGAAGGACCCAUAUCAGUAAAGAUUACUUCAAAUGUAUAACUACAUGCACUGCUCAUUUUACUCAAAGCACCUGUGUGUGUGUCUGUGUGUGUGUCUGUGUGUCUGUGUCUGUGUGUGUGUGUGUAUAGAGGUGAAAAUGUCUGAGCAGAAUUGAGUUUGGAAUUCAAAACAGUGUAUAUUUUUAUAACCAUGCAAGUAGAUGCCGACUCUGCUCAAAAGCCAUUUUCUUAGUUCUUCUCAGGUGUCCAUUUUCACUGGGGUGUGGGUGCCAUGUUCACAUUAUCUCUUUACAUUGUGCUAAAAAUGUAAAUUCUACAGUGCUCAUCUUUCAACAUCAGAAUGGUUUUCCAUUUCAACAUUUAAUAACUGUAUAUAACUUUUUGUUGAAUAUUACAAUGCAUUUUAUUAUAUAGUUCAUAUUUUUGAACAAAUGAAAAGUGAACAAACUGGUGGUUUUGUUGAACUUGUCAGUGUACUCUGUAAAUUAAUUGUAUAAAUUCUUAAAUCUAGCCAUUACUGGAAAACCUUAAGUAUUUGGCAUUUCUUUUUAUUUCUGAACCAGUUGUUCAAUUCAUCAUGAAAUCAAUACCUUUAAUAGCUUUGUGUAACAUUUCUUCUGACCAGAGAAGGCGUUGAGUUGUGAAUUUCACCAGUCUUCUCAUUAACUUCAAUGACAUGGAUCAUGAAAGGGCAAAUCAAACGCAACCUUGAACAGUGAGUCCACAUGAUCAUGACCCUGGCUUGAUGGGAAAGCACACAAGCUAGGCUACAUGACUGGUAAACCUCGCCGUCUGGUCGUGCUGCAAUGAAAUACUGUAGGUAAGCUUAAGUUUAUGUUGAAAUAUGGCCCUGUUUUUACACAAUGUUUUUCUAUUUAAACUUACUCAUGCUCGUUACACGCUCUGAAAGCUGUUAUUGUACUGCAUCGGUCUGUUACAAUAGCCAAUGUUUACUAUGCAUGUUUUCAGACAUGUCUCUAAUAUGCCACUAGUCCCACACCUUGAUAUCAGAACAUGCCGGUAGGGAGUGCUGAAGUGUUUAUUUUGCUUCUUCAGAUAUUCCUUUAUUAUUUUCCCCUAACCCUACCUCCACUAAUUGGAGUAAACUAAUGGACAACAACACUUAGGCUUCAACUUCCAGGUGAUACAUGUCCAGCUGACAUACUAUAUACAUUUUACGGACGCAGUAUAUUUAAGCAAUAAGGCCCGAGGAGGAGUGGUAUAUGGCCAAUAUACCACAUCUAAGGGCUGUUCUUAACCACGACAAAACGCGGAGUGCCUAGGCACAGCUCUUAGCCGUAUAUUGGCCAUAUAUCACAAACCCCCGAGGUGCCUUACUGUAAUUUUGAGCUGUAAAAAUAAAUGUUUUGUCAUA